GAAAAGGGCACAUCAAAAACAAAAAUGGCCUCGCAUGGUAUUUGUUUUGUUCGGACAAAUUGAUCGGUGUUGUCUUAAAAUCCUGGUGAAACGUUAUCGUCCGCUGUUCCGGUUUACGUGAAUUUCUUCCGCCAGGCAUGCUCCAUCGGCCGGCGGUAUUUGUUGCCCGUUUUUCGCUGCACACUAGUGGUUUUUCUCGUUUUAAGUACGCGGCUCUCAGUCGAAUCGGCGGCGCGCGUGCAUUUUGAAAGAGUGUUUUUGUUUUGUGUUGUUCCCCGCUGUGGGUAAUUGAGCCGAUGAUGGAUUCGGGAAUUUUACUAGUUCCGAAGCUGGAACCACAUCCGGACGGGGUCGGGAAUAGUGCUUUGACCGGAGCGCUGCCAAAAGUGACGAUUGUUGCGAAAGGAGUUGAACUAGGCGAAGGGGGUUGUCGAGGAAGGACGGGAUGCAGCGGGAACAAACAAAAACACAGAUCCGGCAGAGAUGGAGAGCUGAUCCUGGUGAUGGAGCCUCAAAAUCCUUCCCCGACCAAGUAUUUCGAUCAAAAUGGAUUGCCCCUGAAGAAGGAACUGGUUGAGAAUGAGCUGACGGAAGAACUUCCCGCGGGAAAAGCUUCCUCGAAGAAACGAUCCAAACUAACGAUAACCUGCCACAAGUGUUCCAGGCUGUUCGAGACGAAGAUAGAGUACGAAUUCCACUACCGGAAGAGUUACAACCAGGAGCCAAUCUACUGCUGCACAACUUGUGAUAAACAGAUAUCCCAGUACAAAGCUUACAGAUUGCAUAUUUAUCGCCACUUGAACAGUGCGAAUCAGCGAUAUACCUGUGGAACCUGCGCCAAAGUGUUCCAUCAGAAGUCGGACCUGACCAGGCAUGAAGGUGUCCAUGAGAGUCAAAUCCCAGCUUCCCGCCCCGAAUCGGAUCUCAUGGCCGCCACAAUGGCAGGGAAAAUCAAUUGCGAUCGGUGCGACGCCGUUUUCGGCAGCCAAGCCGAGGUCAGGAUCCACAUCAAGAAGAUUCACCCGAUUCCCAAGCAGAUGAUCGAAUGCCCCGAUUGCGGGAAAUUCCUAUCGGCUGGGAGUUUAUACUCGCACCGGAAAAUCCACUCGGAUGGGCCGAAAUUCACCUGCGAGGAUUGUGAUAAGUCGUUCGUGCAGAAGAUCAACUUCAUUCACCACCGGAAAAAACACCUGCCGAACGAUGAGCGGCCGUUCCCGUGCGGGGAGUGCGGGAAGGCGUUCUUCGAGAAGUCCCACCUGCAGAGGCAUCAGUUCUUCCACUCCGAGGAGCGACCGUACAAGUGCGAGCUUUGCGGCAAGUGCUACAAAACCGAGCGGUGUUUGAAGGUUCAUUCGGCGGUUCACAAUGCAGAUCGUCCUUUCGUCUGCACCGAGUGCAACAAAGGCUUCCUGAGCAGUUCGAAGCUUCGCCAGCACAGUAACAUCCACUCCGGAUUGCGUCCCUUCAAGUGCAAGUACUGCUCUCGGGAUUUCACCAACUUUCCCAACUGGCUGAAGCAUAUUCGUCGGAGGCAUAAGGUAGAUCAUCGGACCGGGGAAAAACUGGACAGUGUUCCGAAAUUCAUGACCAAGAAGAAGGACAAACCAGUGGAUAAAAAGGACUCCGUAAUGGAAAAGCCUAAGCAAAUCUUUCAACCGCCAAAGCAGACACUGCAACUGGCCAUCAAGGAGGAAAGCCUUCCCUUCGUUGGCGAAAACUCCAACAUUGAUCUCAAUCUGGUCUCCAAGGAUGACCUGCUGCAGCCGCUCAAGAUGGAAGAGAUGGAGGACAUCUUCCUGGAGCUUCCCGGCGGAGCAGGAAUUUCAACUAUAGUGGUAGAGGACGAAGACGCCCAGCAUGCGGUGGAGCGUCCAACAAUGGCCACCACCACCUCCACCAGUGAACCGUUAACCGAGGAGGACGAAUCGGAACCGCUCGGGCCGACGGAUUCGGACUUUAUCGAUCCGCCGCCGCUGGGUCUGUCCGAGGACGACAACGAGCUGUUCCAGUUUGGUUACGUGCAACCUGAAUUCGAUUGUGAUUUUAGUAUUAAGAACGAGUUUUCCCUGAGGCGAGAAGCUGUGAAUGUGAUUCGGGAGAUUGAUUCGACCAGCAUUAUGGGCGAUGAUUUCGGUGCAACGUCGGCAUCGUCGAUCGCCCUUCCGGCUGCUACCGGUGCCCUGGUGUACGACAUCAACGGCGAGUUGCCCAUCUUCCCGACUUUGAUCUCAAUCUGUGGCGAUGAGCAGCCGUUCCGGCUCAUCAAUCCGAACUUUAUCCAUCUGCCGCAGCUACGGAGGGGCAGCGGUUCCAGCAGCAAUGGUAGCAGCGGCGCAUCCGGCAACGGUGGACCCAGUGGAAGUGGACUAAAGGUGAAGUCACCGUAAGUAGAAACCGAUCUUCAUAUAACAAUAUUUUUCUACGCAAAAAAUUUAAGUUUCGACAACUGGUAAGAAACCAUACACAUUAUACACCCGCCAAGUGGUAUAUAUAAUAACAUAAAUUAAGGUAAAAAAAACAGAGAGAUCUCGGCUCGAAGAUAGCACGUGUGCUUCUUCGACAGAAACAGUUGGGCUAGUGACUAGACAGGACGAAAUUUUGUGGUGAUUUAUUCUUAGUAGUAGUGUUGUAAGGAUAAGGUUAUUUUCGAUCAUGUGAUCAGAUGAAAAAUUGGCGUUGAUUGGCGGAUCGUGCACUCAGUUGGAGUCGAAUAUGUCUAAGCAAAAAUGAUAGGUUGUAAGCAGAUUCAACGCCGCCGUUGCGACGGUAGCGAAUCAGAAGGAAGUAUUCAUACCGUAAUAAUAUAUAUAAGCGCAGAUUACAGAGGCAAACAGGAAAAUGAUGAUACAAAGCGCAACUCAGAGCCUACAAAAGACUGUUUUUGUAAUAAACACAAACAAGCUGAAAGCUGUAAUGUAAGGAAA